AAAAGAAAUAGUCGGCCACGCUUGCCACUAAAAUCAUUCCAGGGGAAUUUUAGUAAUAAUAAUUCCCCUUACAUUUCUUUCAAAUAUUACUGUUUUAAUUGUAAAUUUACGUUUUUAUUUAUACUCAAGCCUGCUCAAGCCCAUUUCCAAAAGUCAGUAUGGCUGAUUUAGAUGAUUUCUUCGCGAAGAAAGAUCGCAAAAAGUCAAAGUCGGUGAAAAAGUUUGCAACAGCGGAAGAAUUAGCAAAAAAAAUGGAAGACACGAAAAAACCAGAUGUACGGCCGAAGAAAGAGCGACCAGUACAGGAAGGCGAAGAGCAAGAUAGGGGCGGGGAGGAGGAAGAAUGGAAGGAAUAUGAAGAACCAGUAAAAGACUACACAGGGCUCAAGAUACAAGUACUACAGGGUGGCAAUGGUGCACCUGAUUCUGGUCGGGAUUCCUCAACGGAAGACUCAAUGCCAGAGAAUUCUAAAAACAAGGGACCAUGGAACAAACCGACUGAAGUAGAACAGGCUCCACAGCCGACCCCUCAAGUUGAAGAGAAACCACAGCAGAAGAAAACGACGGCAUAUGUUCCUCCACAGUCGAGAAAUAAACCGAAUGAAUCUUCACAUCGGCCUACCAAUAGAAACGCCAUUGACAUCCACAACGAGGAUUACUUCCCCGUGCUGGGCGCGGGGGCAAAGCGCGGCGGCGGCUGGAGCACGGCCGCGGGAGCGGGCUCCAGCCGGCCUGCCAGCUCCGCUCAGCCGCUCACGUUGGGCAACCGAUACACGUCGCUGCAGCACGACACCUAGCCGGAUUGCAGACGCGGCUCCACAUAUAAAUGAUAUAGUGAAGUGUUAAUGGACAAAUAAUGCCAGGCUCAUAAUACAUCUGUCGCACUUCCCAAACUAUUGUGUAUGCUGAUUUGUGCCGUUUUGAACCUUAUGUGACUGGUAUAGCGACAAUUUCAAUAUAUGUAUAAUAUUAAUUAAUCAAGAUUGCAUACAAAUAUUAACUGUUGAACAAACAAUAUUUAAAUAAAACUUUUGAUAAUUUUCAACAUAGUAUUUAUAGUAUUUCAUCGUAAUGAAAAAUAGUUCUAAAUGUCAUCUAUUGUGCAAGUCCAAUUGUAUUUAAAAAUAAGAAGAAAAGGAGAUAUGUAUAUGUGAGAUUUCUUAGUGCCCAAAAAUAAUGUGUUUUUUACAAUUUUCAAUAUAAGUUUUCUUGGUGAUUUAAUAUUUCACUGUCAAUCUAAAGUCUAAAUGUAAGAGGUAAAAAGCAGAAUUAAAUAAAGGAAUUUUUGAAUGUCGAGUGCUGUAAUUAAUUGAGGAGCACUUUGCUAGGUCACCCUCGGCAAUCUUUCCCUAUUAUAUUCAAAUAAAAACAUUAUAAUAUAUAAGUAUUCAUUUUUGGGCUAAAAAUAAUUAUGAAAUAUGUUGUUGUGUGGAAUUUAAUCUCGACCAUUCUUUGGAUUUGUGAGCUAAAAACUAAAAUCUCCUGUGAUCUAAAAGAUAGCAAUUAUUUUGGAGGAAGCUUGUAACCAUUACAUAUUGCACAUGGGAUUAAACUAUUCUAUUCCUCCAACUGUGGCUUCUGUGGAAGACACACCACAGAUUUGCCAGUAUCAGGGAUUGAACUAUUUUUUAUCUCUAUAUCCCAAAUUGUCACUUGACUUCAGUCAAUUUCUGACAGUGACAUUGUUAUGACGUUUUGACAGAUUACAAAAUAUCUGUCUCACGAAAGAACACACCACCAUUAAAACUUGAAAAUUUUUCAUCGCCAUACAAAUACUACCACUACUUGGUGUCCUACAUCAACCUGACAUUGCUAAAUCGUGGAUGCCUUUCCCUAAAAGCUGCAAUAUAAAGAAGCGAAAUAAAUUUUGCUUGCUGAAUGAUUAUAAAACCUUUGGCUUCAUGAAAUUUUCGGAGCUGUCCAAACUUAAUUAGUUAACAGUAAUCAUUUUAAGAUUUUUUUUAGUAAAAUAACAUCGCCAACCUGUCUGUCAUAAUAAUUUCCACGGGACUUCUUUUGUGAGACAGGACAGUCUAUCUUAUAUUUUGUUCAUGAAAUUAUCUCCAAUACAUAUUGUUUAGAAAUUCUGAUAUCCAGUUUGUUUGUCGCUUUCUCUGGCACGGUACCUAUACAUAUAAUUUUGUAUUUUUUUUUAUUUAAUACGAUUCUUAUAUAUAUUCUGUGGCUAUACCAAGCCUUAAAAGGUGUAUAUAAAAUAAACUAUAUUUAAAAUUUUGUACCUAUGAUUGUCUUUCUUAUACCUGGUUGACAUGUAUUUAUUUUUAUUAAAUUUAUAAUGUAUGUAUGCACUUUUAAAAUCGCAAAACAAAGUAUCACAACUACCGCAUUAUAUGCACCACUAUUACUUUACAUCAAAUUCUACAGUAUUAACAUAUAUUCAUAUAAAUAUUGAAUUUUCCAUAUGUAUUUUCCAAUAAUUUAUGCAAUACAUUAAAAAAGGAAUUGAGUAUAAUUAAGUUUUUUAAUGAAUUGUUGAUAUGCGUGUUGAUAUAGUUAUAAAUUGAUUUUGUAUAUAUGCAAGCUCCCUAAGAGUUAUAUGAAGUCAUAAUAGGUCGCAAACGGCAUAUUUACACAUAAAGUCACAUUAAAGUCAUACAGAGCAAAAUUUUAAUUUAAAAUAUCUGUGUAUGUGUUUCUAACCUUUAAAUAAAAUUUAAAUUUUUGUUUUUAACUGGGCCAGUACUAUAGCGCAUAGACAAUAAUUAUGUAUUCAGUGUUGCUAAAAUGAUAAAAAUCGCAAAAACCCUAAAUGGACGUGUGCCUUUACUUUUUUUUACGUUAUUGUGGGUGAUGGACACAUGCGAGAAAGCGUGGAUCAAUAAAAUGGACGUUAGAUUGUUGAUAUCGCUUAUAUAGUGGUUGCUACCUCUGUGUUAAUCAAUGAAAAGUUUAUGAAUUCUGGCAAAUCAUUCAAACAUGUACCAUAGUAAUAAAUUAUGUAUUAAAAUA